UUUCCCUACCACGUGGGGCAUCUUUCAGUGAACAGACGAUCUUUGCGGUGUGGUUAGCUAGGUUGGCUGAUUCUGUCGUUGCUGCUCACACUUGUCUGUCUUUACCUGGAGCUGAAGCACCGGAUAAUCGACCAUGGCACCCAGAAAGAAGAACAGGGUGUUUGUCAUCGGUGUGGGGAUGACAAAGUUUGAGAAGCCUGGAGCCCAAGACAACCGUGACUACCCUGAUAUGGCCAAGGAAGCAGGCCAAAGGGCUUUAGCAGAUGCAAGGAUCCCGUAUUCUGCCAUUGAACAGGCCUGUGUAGGAUACGUCUAUGGAGACUCCACCUGUGGGCAGAGAGCCAUUUACCACAGCCUGGGUCUGACUGGGAUCCCCAUCAUCAACGUCAACAACAACUGCUCCACAGGCUCCACUGCUCUCUUCAUGGCACGCCAGCUGGUCCAGGGAGGCCUUGCAGACUGUGUUCUUGCCCUCGGGUUUGAGAAGAUGGAGAGGGGCUCUUUGUCCUCAAAGUAUAUGGACAGGACCAAUCCCAUGGACAAGCACAUGGAGGUGAUGAUCAACUGCUACGGAAUGGUGGCGGCUCCAGCAGCACCACAGAUGUUUGGCAACGCUGGCAGGGAGCACAUGGAGAAAUAUGGUACCAAACCGGAACACUUUGCUAAAAUUGCCUGGAAAAAUCACAAACAUUCUACCAACAACCCGUAUUCCCAAUUCCAGGAUGAGUACACUUUGGAGCAGGUGAUGAGCUCCAGGAAGGUGUUUGACUUCCUCACUCUGCUUCAGUGUUGCCCUACAUCAGAUGGUGCUGGAGCAGCAGUUCUGGCCAGCAAAGCAUUCGUCAGGAAACACGGUCUGGAGAACCAGGCAGUGGAGAUUGUGGCCCAAGAGAUGGUGACUGACCUGGCCUCUACAUUUGAAGAAAACAGCUGCAUUAAGAUGGUCGGAUAUGACAUGUCUUGGCUUGCAGCUAAAAAGUGUUAUGAGGCUGCAGGUCUGAAGCCCAGUGACAUUGAUGUGGUUGAGCUGCACGAUUGCUUCUCAGCCAAUGAGCUCAUCACGUAUGAGGCUCUGGGGCUGUGUCCAGAGGGUAAAGCUGGAGAGCUGAUUGACAGAGGGGACAACACGUAUGGAGGCAAGUUCGUGGUCAACCCGAGUGGUGGGCUCAUCUCUAAGGGACAUCCUCUGGGUGCCACAGGUCUGGCCCAGUGUGCUGAGCUGUGCUGGCAGCUUCGAGGGCAGGCAGGCAAGAGACAGGUCCCAGGGGCAAAAGUGGCCUUGCAGCACAACAUUGGCUUAGGAGGAGCUGUGGUUGUCACUCUCUACAGGAUGGGGUUCCCACAGCAGGCCCGCAGGCCACGGGUAGGUACUGUUCUCACCAGCUCAAGCAGUGGACUGGAAGGGUUACAAUCCUAUCCUGUCUUCAAAGAGGUCGAAAAACGUCUACAGCAGGAAGGAGAGCAGCUCGUCAAGAAGAUCGAUGGAGUGUUUUUGCUUAAAGUGAAGGAUGGACCAAAUGGGAAAGAGAGGACUUGGGUCAUUGACUUAAAAAAUGGCAAAGGUUCUGUCACCACUGACCCAGGCAUAAAGGCAGACUGCACUUUAUUCAUGAGUGAUGAGGAUCUUCUGGAUAUGAUGACAGGAAAACUGAACCCACAAACAGCAUUCUUCGAAGGGAAGCUAAAGUUCACCGGGGAUGCAGCCUUGGUUAGGAAACUGCUUAAGCUCCAAGUUUCCCUAGGCAAGGCUAAGCUGUGAGACCCGGAACUAGCUUUUGUUCUUUAAAUUCAUGGGCAAAUGUGUUUAAAAAAA